GCUAUCGUAAAUUCUGGUCACCGUGCCAGUGAGUAAUGUAACAACAUUUGGAGAGACUUUUUUUUGCCAGUGAAAAAUUAAAAUUGUGGAAUUGUUGUGAAAAUUUAAUUAGAAAUUGUUCGUUUUGGGCGCGUUGCGAUGACGGACGUAUUUUCUUAUCAGCGCACCGUACAAAGCCUGGCACGCGUUUUGGCACGCAUAGAGCCAACACCAUGGGAAAAGGUGCAAUCACUCUUCCGCUAUUGCCCACAAGAAAAUGCUGCAGGCGUUUUUUGCCUUGAUGCACGCGCACAGGACGCAGUAAUAGCGUUGGGUAUUUAUUUUUUGGAAAGUCGCUGCCAGCAUGAGGAGCGCAUCGUACCGUAUCUGUUGCGGCUGGCAAAGUGCUUGCCCAAAGCUGUUUGGGUGGAUGAUGCAAAAUGGAGCAAAAUCGAUCGCAUACCAUCCGCCGAAAAGUUCAGUUUCUGCUUGAAUACUUUGCUGUCGGACAUCGCCUCGAAAUGUCCAGAUUUACGAGAAGAGAUCAUCCUAAAUCAAGUCGAGACCCUGAGUGCUUUGGCAAACAUCAUUAAAUCCAGCAAAGACAGCAGCUCAGCGCCACCACCCAUUAUACUGUGCAAGGCCACUGUACCAUUACUUUUUGGUUUGGCGCGUUCAAUGGGCCGAUAUGCCAGCCAAGACCCACAAUUGCUAUGUCGCAUAUUUCCACGAGAAGAAAUGCCAGUAGUCAAACAAAAUGUCCGCGAUGGAGGCAGCUUUAGCUCCAGCGAGCGCAUUGCGUGCUUCUCGCAAUUUCGACCUAUCAUACCGCGCUCCAUGUCCGGUAGUCUGAGCCAAGACUCGAACGAGAUGCGCAUGCGUCAAAUGCAAAUGAUAAACGGCUUGAAUAAGCAACGACCACAAUUGCAUACAUAUUUCUCGGUACCCUACGAUCCACGUACACACUUUUUCACCAAGACCGGCUCUAGUUUCAAUCAAUUUCCUAACAUGCGCGUCUGUGAAACACCAACGAAAACUAAAAAACCACUAACGGUGCCACCUUUCCCUAUACAACACUUGCAGACCAUCUUCGCAGUGGCCAAAAAAUUGCUAACUAAAGAGACUCUCGAGCAUUUAGACGAGCAAGCAAGCGAUAUCUUUGCAUUACAUCAAAUCAAGGGUUAUUGUUAUAAAAGCUUCUCAGAGACACUCAAUCUUGUGCUGGUGACUUUGCUACGUGAGCUGCUACAGCAUCAAAUUGACUUGCCUACACCGUUCACCAAAGAUGUUCAAGAGUUUGUGAAGCGUCUGUUCUUAAAUGGCCAAACAGAGCUGGCAAACAAGCAGCAAGAUCAGGAGAAGGAGAAGCGUGAGGAGAAUGGCAUACCAGUUGUGAAUAAAUACAAGGUGAACGUAAUGGCUAAUGCUGCCUGUGUGGAUCUGUUGGUCUGGGCUAUACGGGAUGAAACGGAGGCCGACAAGUUAUGCGGUCGACUUUCGCAAAAGCUUAACUCAGUACUGAGUCACAAAAUUGUGUUGGACCACAUGCCGUUACUGAUGGUUUGUCUCGAGGGACUCGGCAAACUGGCGCAAAAGUUUCCCAACAUCGCUGGCACGUCGAUAUCGUACUUGCGUGACUUUUUAGUCGAUCCCAGUCCAAUAUUGGCGAAAUUGCAUGCUUAUUCCCAACAGACGCUCGCACUUCAGAAGAAGGAGAAGGAAAAGCUGGCGCCAUUCAAGAUCGUCGUACAAAAUAGCGAAUCACGUUCGACGGUUGAUAUUUAUGGUGAGAAUCAGAAGCAUGCGGGCAUGCGCUCGGGGCAGGCGGCCUUCGAGGCAUUGCGCGACGCAGCCAUUGAAAAUUUGAGCAUUGCAUUACGUUCUGCGCACACCUUGGAUCAGUAUUGUGUGCCAGCUUUGGUGGCCAAUCUUUCGAAUCGACUCUUCACGGCAGAGAAGCACGAAUCCGAAUCGACAUUGGUGAGUCUCAAUAUUAUAGUAAUGCUUGGUCACGUCGCCGUCACACUCAAGGACACAUCGAAGACCACACAAAACAUCUUGCAGUUCUUCAUUCAACGUUUUUGCAAGGUGCCUUCCGAGCAGAAUGCGCUUAUCGUUGAUCAACUCGGCUGCAUGAUCAUCUCGCAGUGUGAGCCUCAUGUUUUCGAAGAGAUUAUGAAAAUGUUUUCGCGCGUCACCGUUCAGUCGGCUUCUCUGGCCUACACAUCGGAUCAGGAACAUCGUAAGCAAUUCAAUAACGUGUCGGAUGCAGUGGUCAAUGCUUUGGGUAAUAUUGCGGCCAAUAUACAGGGUGACUCGGAAAUGCUCGAAUUAUUGGGCAAACUGCUCGAACUCUUUGUGCAGAUCGGUCUGGAGGGGGAGCGCUCCUAUGACAACAAUGCACCGGGCGCGCAGAAGGCCAGCUCCAGCGCCGGCAAUUUGGGUAUGUUAAUACCGGUGAUUGCGGUGUUGGUGCGUCGCCUACCGCCGAUCAAGAAUCCACGUAUGCGCUUGCAUAAACUAUUCAAGGAUUUCUGGGUGUAUUGUGUGGUCAUGGGCUUUACAAAUGCUCGCCUCUGGCCAGCCGAUUGGUAUCAAGGAGUGCAACAGAUUGCAGCCAAAUCACCCUUACUCAUCUCGCAGACGACACACAAGUCCGACAUGCGCGAAUUGAACUACACAUCGGCGAUCAAGAGUGAUUCGGUGAGUUUGAAUGAGUUGCGUAGUCAGAUACUGUUAUUGCUGGAGCAUCCCCCAGCCGAUGUGACUGCGUCGAUCAACAAACUGACAUUCGCGCAAUGCACCUAUCUCUUGAGUGUGUACUGGCUAGAAACGUUGCGCGUGGAGAAUUCAGAAGAGCCCAGCUUGGAGCCGAUAUUAAGUUAUCUAUGCGAUAAUGCGCUUCAAAAGGACAAAUCUGGUAUCUGGCAGUGCGUGAAGUGCGUUGCCGAUCAGGUAUUCGAGAAGUUCCGCAAUGUGCUCUUCGCCCAAGACGAAAUACGCGAAAAGGUGCUAGAAUCACAGGCAAUGCUGCUGCUUGUCUAUUUCAAUCACAUACACAAGCAAAUCCAGCUGGUCGCCGAUCAGUAUCUAUCACAGUUAGUCGAUAAAUUUCCACAUUUAUUGUGGAAUCGCCGCGUACUCUGGUGCAUGUUGGAUAUUCUCCAACUGCUUGCAUUCUCGCUAACGCUCGAUCCGAACGAAGAGACGCCCACACUGCGUGUUGUUUCUACACCUUACACGCUUCAGCUCAUGGAUUCAUUGCCAGCACGCGAAAGUCGAGUCAAGGACUUUGCUGAUCGUUGCCAGGGCAUUGUAAACGAAGCCAUGAAAUGGGCGCCGCGUUCUACACGUUCUCACCUUCAAGAAUACCCAAAUCAGAUACCAACACCGGUGCUGGCACACCACAGCGGCUUGGCUUUAGCCUUUGAUUCGGUCGUGAGCAGUAAUAGUCUUUAUCCGAAUGCUUUGCCUUCGAUCAGCAAGCGUCCGAACUGUGUGAACAGCAACACACCACGUUUCGUGUCAGUGUUGUGUUUGCGUAGCAAAUAUGCAGGCGAAAUCUCUGGGCUGCUGUCGGUGCUGAGUGAGGAGGAUAAGGCCGGCUUGGCCGAUCGGUUGGUAAAGGAUGUUUGGGAUGCCUGCGCAGAUAAGAGUGAUGCGCGUCAUCGCGGCGCGUUGUGGCGUGCCACUGCCUACUUGAUCAUAUGCUCGGAUGUGAAUCGAAAGCUGUUGCAUGCAGUGGCCACCUCUCAAGUGGAACUCUUUACGGAAUAUGCCGUAGAAACGGCCGUGGAAUGCUGGCAGUGGGUGUUGACAGCGCGUCAAGAUCUUGAACUCUGCUUCAUCCAGGAAAUGGUUAGCGCCUGGCAGACGACCUUUGAAAAGAAGUUGGGUCUCUUCUCGGACGAGGUGGAGACCACCAUACCACUUGCCGCCUACGAGGGCUGCAAGCUGGUCUCCAAGCCCAUACAAAUUGCGCCACAUAUCAUCUGGCUACAACUGCUCUCCGAAAUGGUGGAUACCGCUAAGUAUUGUAAUCGCGACAAGGUGGAAAUGUUUUGUCUGCUGCUGCAUCGCUGUCUGCCCAUCUCUAAGAAUUUGAAACAGAAUCGCCAAGUGUCGACAGUCGGAUGUCGCUUCAAGCUACUGCAAUGCGGCCUCUCGCUACUCCAAGGCAAUACAAUACCGCGUUCUCUGGCGCGUAAUAUACUGCGCGAACGUAUCUAUAGCAAUGCAUUGGACUACUUUUGUGGACCGCCCACAUGCCCAAAUCAGAGCAAGGAACAAUUGCUGGAUGACAUUUUGAUACUGUUGAAAUUCUGGCAGACGAUGCGCAGCGAGAAGAAACAUUUAGUCACCUCGGAGAUGGGCGAAUACGAUAUUACGGCGGUAGCUUCGACACAAAUGCUCUCGGUGAGACAGAAUGCGGAGACGGCUUCGCUCAUCAGUGCUGGCGAUGUGGCGCGUUCGAUGUCGACCGGUGGCACUGGCGGCUGGUACAACACAAUACCGCAUUCCACAUCGACGCUAUCGAAGCGAUCGAAUCGCUCGAAACGACUACCUUAUCAAAAGGACUCUUACGACAAGGACUACAUGAAGAAACGCAAUUUGAUUUUGGAAUUGUUGGCUGUGGAGCUGGAAUUCCUCAUCACAUGGUACAAUCCAAAUAGUCUGCCUGAUUUGGCAAUACCCGGCGAAGAGCAGGUGAAUGAGUGGCGAGCGCGUCCCUCCAAACCCAACUUAUGGCGCGACUACGCCCGUCUGGCCUGGGCCUACAAUCCAGCGUUGGCCGUUUUUCUGCCGCUGCGCAUCAAAAGCGCCGACUCGAUUGAAGAGGAAAUCUCGCGUUUGGUUUGCGCUGACCCCAUUGCUGUCAGCCACAUACCAGAGGCACUCAAGUAUCUAUGCAACACGAAAAAUUUGCUGCACGAAAGCCCCGACCUAGUAUACAUACUCUCCUGGGCGCCUGUGAAUCCAAUACAAGCGCUCUCUUACUUCUCGAGGCAAUAUCCAUCGCAUCCGCUGACCGCGCAGUACGCCGUCAAGACGCUGAGCUCCUACCAAGCCGAGUCCGUAUUGCCAUACAUUCCGCAAUUGGUGCAGGCCUUGCGCCACGACACUAUGGGCUAUGUUGCUGAAUUCAUCAAAAAUAUUUCGAAGCGAUCGCAAAUUGUGGCGCAUCAACUCAUUUGGAAUAUGCAAACGAACAUGUUUAUGGACGAAGAUCAACAGCAUAAAGAUCCGAAUUUGUAUGACUGUUUGGAAGCGUUGUCACAGAAUAUUAUAUCCUCUUUCUCGGGUGCCGCUAAGCGCUUCUAUGAGCGCGAAUUCGAUUUCUUUGGCAAGAUUACGGCUGUUUCAGGCGAAAUACGCUCCUUCCCGAAAGGCAUCGAGCGGAAGAAUGCCUGUUUGACGGCAUUGAAGCGCAUACAAGUUCAACCUGGCUGCUAUCUACCCUCUAAUCCAGAGGCAAUGGUACUAGACAUCGACUACAACAGCGGCACGCCGAUGCAGAGCGCUGCAAAGGCGCCAUACUUGGCGCGGUUCCGCGUUUAUCGCUGCGGCAUAACCGAGCUUGAAACGCGCGCCAUGGAAGUGUCUAAUAAUCCGAACUCGCAAGAAGACGCCAAGAUGACGCUAGGUGUUGAGUCAUGGCAAGCUGCCAUUUUCAAAGUGGGCGACGAUGUGCGGCAGGAUAUACUGGCGCUGCAGGUCAUAACAAUAUUUAAGAAUAUAUUCCAGCAAGUAGGCUUAGAGCUUUUCCUCUUUCCAUACCGCGUGGUAGCCACAGCACCGGGCUGCGGCGUCAUUGAGUGCGUGCCAAAUGCAAAGUCGCGCGAUCAGCUAGGUCGCCAAACUGACUCCGGGCUCUACGAGUAUUUUCUGCAUCAAUACGGCGAUGAGAGUUCCAGAGAAUUCCAGGCGGCGCGCGCAAACUUUGUCAAGUCCAUGGCGGCAUACUCCUUGGUCGGUUACUUGCUGCAGAUCAAGGACAGGCAUAACGGCAAUAUAAUGAUCGACAAAGAUGGGCAUGUCAUACACAUUGAUUUCGGUUUUAUGUUUGAAUCUUCGCCCGGUGGAAACAUCGGCUUCGAGCCCGAUAUGAAGCUCACCGACGAAAUGGUUAUGAUUAUGGGCGGAAAAAUGGAAGCACCUGCCUUCAAGUGGUUCUGUGAAUUGUGUGUACAAGCUUUUCUCGCAGUGCGGCCCUAUCAGGAUGCCAUCGUCUCGCUGGUCUCACUUAUGCUUGACACCGGGUUGCCGUGCUUCCGUGGCCAAACCAUUAACUUGUUGAAGCAGCGCUUUGUCGCAACUAAGAAUAAUAAGGAAGCUGAGGCGCAUAUGCUAGCGGUUAUAAGAAACUCGUAUCAGAACUUCCGCACGCGCACCUACGAUAUGAUACAGUAUUAUCAGAAUCAGAUUCCCUAUUAAGCGGUGUUACGGUAAAAUGCGAGGAGGAAUGAGUGUUUGCAGAGAGAAAAUGGUGGUCAGGUGGGCACAUAAGUGAAUGAGCUAUAAUUUUACUAAAGAUAUUGGUGGUAAAGUGAGUUGAAAAGGUGUUGAGGAAAUACGGUACGACGGGUUUUUCCUUCUUCGAAAUAGUUAAUGAUUGUUUUGCACGGCGAAUUUGUUAUUUUUAGUUUUUAAGCUUAUGACUUAUAUUUUACCAAUUCAUAGGAGCGUUGUUGUGGCGCGACUAUAAUGUAUUACCAAGUUUGGCGUAUGCAGUACUUGCAUAUUAUUUCACUAUGAAUGUUUGAAACUAAUAUUUAUCAAUGUAUACUUGAAAUAUGCAUGUUUCAAACUAAUAUAUAUUAAUGUAUACUUACUUGAAAAAUAAAUAUUAGUGGUAUUAUUGCUUAGCAACAAGUUCAAAUAUAAAUAUACAUAUAUAUUAACCCACAUUCAAAGCCGU